AUGUCUGAUCCUGCAGCGUUGCAGGCUGGGGCCCCAGAGGCAUCGGAUGGCGCGGUCUUUCGUCUUCGAUCCUUCCCGAUCGUGUACAGGUGGCAGCUUCCCGCUCAGCGGGAGUCUGGCCAAGUAGAUGGAGUACACUACACUCAGUCCAUGGGCAGGAUGAUUCUGACGUAUCCACUCAGAGACAGCAACAUGGACCUCGACGAAGAUGACAUCAAGGUAGAGAUGUCCUGCUGGCAGCUGCUCGUGUCACGCAAAGACGGCAAAGGCAAACUUACAGACCUCUGCAAGGAAGUCUACGACGACAUUCUUCGAGACCUUUCCUGGUGGAAGGUGGACACUUCGCAGUCGAAUCCACAGGAUAAGGCACUGAUCAUCUACCUCGCGAAGGCACGCCAUCGCUCCUGGGCGAGCCCUUGGUAUCCAGGUGCCUUGAAUCCGCACAAGAAAAGCAUUUUCGGAUGGACCGAACGUCAGGCGCCGAAGGGGGUCCUUAAGGGUCUCAAGAUCGAUGUCGAAGCUUUCAAGAACAUCGAGCCAGGAGAGCCGGAGGACUGGAACCAUGAAAUCAGCACGGCAAUGACUCCAGAGCAAAUUUGCACAGGCAUUACUGUGAGCGAGUCAGAAUCCUUGGUGCAAGUGGUCAUCCACCUGGAUGAAGAAGCCCUUGAGAGUGCCACUGCCCGUGUGCCCCUAGAGGAGGUCUUCGCCGCAGAUAUAUCGGCUGAGAUGCUGAGCGUGUAUCUUCGUGGGGACAGUUUCAGUAUUUGCGCCGGCCGCUUCUCUGGCAAAGUUGUGCCAGAGAAGUCGAAUUGGCAGAUCUCCUCUGCCUCCUGGCAGCAUCCCGUCGUGUCGGGUGCAAGCGAGUCCGAAGUGAAGGAAGGUCUUCUCGGGCAUUCCAAGGGUGCUGACAGUUCCGUUAUGUUUGAAUUUCCCUCGUAUGCUUUGCUCCAGUUGUUGCCACACUUGGUGCACGUGAACUUUACAGCGCAGCGUGUCAUAGAGGCUGAUGUGAAGCGCAAGCUGUGGCAACGCCUAUCCGUCAAGCGGAUGACCCCUCAUCUCUCAUCUUCUUCCCAGCGUGGAAGAACGGCUCUUGAAGUCUUGGCGACGGGGGGGGAGUUGUCUGCUGCAACAACGGAGCUCGAGUGGGAACGCUGUGGCGAGUCCCGGGCUUCCUGUGCAGGUGCAAAUCACGAAGUCCUGAUGCAGUUGGGUGAAAGCCGUCAACAUGCCGGUGACAUGCCGGCUGCCGUUCAGGGAUGCACCGUGAAGUCUCCGGCCUUCUACAAUCCAGCCCUGCGGAUCAUGCUGUCGAAGGCCCUGGCCCUACGAAUAGACACCUUUCAGGAGUCCAAGCACACUCCAUAUCUGCUCCAGGCCAAGGAGAGUUUCGGCAACUGGGAUGAAGUGUUCCAGGCCCGUCCGGUGCGGUCCCCUUCCCGCUCGCAAGCACCCACCGUUGGUCGCUGCAGCGCCAUAGCACAGGAUUUCCAAUGCUGCUCUUUCGGACUCCCUCGGGAUCGAAUCGAGUGGGAUGAGAGUGAGGAGAUGCUCAGUUCUCUCUCCUGGUUGUCCAAACAAUAG